AAAUUGUACACUUCACUCUCAACAGUACCAUUACUUUAUUUCUGUUUCUGAAGCUAGUAAGCAAGCAAAGAAGAAGAAGUAGCUUCACUCUUUUCCAAAUAGUGAAGUGAUAAUCACAGAUAGAGACAACAAUGUCAAGAGGGUUUUGGUUCAUCUUAACUUCUGCAUCACUUUUCCUUUUGCUUCUUGAUUGUUGCCAUGGAAGUUUUGUUGGAAUUUGCUAUGGAAGAAAUGCUGAUGACCUCCCUUCACCUGAUAAGGUGGCACAGUUGGUUCAAGAUCACAAAAUCAAAUAUGUAAGAAUCUAUGAUUCCAAUAUACAAGUUCUAAAGGCUUUCACAAACACCGGAGUCGAACUUAUGAUCGGAAUUCCAAAUCUAGAUUUGCUUCCAUUCUCUCAGUUCCAAACUAAUGCAGACACUUGGCUGAGAAACAACAUCCUUCCUUAUUAUCCAGCCACUAAGAUCACAUACAUAACUGUUGGAGCCGAAGUCACAGAAAGUCCUGAAAAUGUUUCCGCAUUGGUCGUGCCAGCCAUGACUAAUGUCCUAACAGCACUCAAGAAAGCUGGACUUCAUAAGAAGAUAAAAGUUUCCAGUACUCAUUCCCUCGGCGUUUUGUCUCGAUCAUUUCCUCCUUCUGCUGGUGCUUUCGAUAGCAGGCAUGCUCGUUUCCUGAAGCCACUUCUAGAAUUUCUUGCGGAAAAUCAGUCGCCUUUUAUGAUCGAUCUUUAUCCUUAUUACGCAUUCCGAGACUCUCCAAACAAAGUGCCAUUGGACUAUGCAUUGUUCGAGUCGUCAUCUGAAGUUAUUGAUCCUAACACCGGUUUGCUGUAUACAAACAUGUUUGAUGCUCAAAUUGAUGCUAUUUACUUUGCAUUGAUGGCUUUGAAUUUCAGAACAAUUAAAGUCAUGGUUACCGAAACGGGUUGGCCUUCAAAAGGUUCACCUAAGGAGACAGCUGCUACACCUGAUAAUGCACAAACAUAUAACACCAAUCUGAUAAGACAUAUUAUCAACGAAACCGGUACACCUGCAAAGCCGGACGAAGAGCUAGACGUCUAUGUUUUUUCGUUGUUUAACGAAAAUAGGAAGCCGGGUUUGGAAUCUGAGAGGAACUGGGGAUUAUUUUAUCCGGAUCAAACGAGUGUUUAUAGCCUAGAUUUCACUGGAAGAAGCCCUGUUGAUAUGAAUGCGGACGCGAAUGCAACUAGGUCAAAUGGAACAACAACGACAUGGUGCAUUGCUUCGAGUAAGGCGACACAAAUGGAUUUACAGAAUGCAAUAAAUUGGGCUUGUGGUACUUCUGGAAAUGUGGAUUGUACUGCUAUUCAGCCUAGUCAGCCGUGUUUUCAGCCGGAUAAUUUAGUCUCGCAUGCGUCGUAUGCUUUUAAUAGCUAUUAUCAGCAAAAUGGAGCUUCUGAUGUUGCUUGUAGUUUUGGAGGGACUGGUGUAAUUGUUGAUAAGGAUCCAACCUAUGACGACUGCAUCUACACGAGAACCGGAAAUAACCAAACUAUGACAAGUAAUAAUAACACAACAGCAGCAAUAACUUCAAGUCGAUCCUCUUCAAGCAAACAAGUUUACUCAUCAAUCUCUAGUGCUCUUCUUUUAACCUUUCUCCUCUUCCUUUUCGAUCUCGAACGAGCUUAACAAGCUCAAUUGAUGGCAAAAAUAGAGGCAAGCUUUCGAUUAUUGAAAAGGCGACAUGAUUAAUUUUUUACCAUGAUGAGGUAGUAUAUGCUGCUUUCAGAAACUUGUUUAGUAAUGUAUCAGAAAUGUAAAUUUCUAUGAAAUUCAACUAUUGUAUGUAGAGUAGAGUAAUCUAUCUCCUAGUUUUGUAUUUCAUGUGAUAGGCCAAAACAGCAUGAUGAACUUUUUUCUGUGGUUUAGUUUUGUAAGUGUUGCUGCAACUUUUGAAUGUAUAACUAUUAGAACAACAAUGCCAUAACAAUUCGGCCAA